AUGCUGCAGCGCGCGGGGAAGCGGCUGCUGCAGGCGGCGGGGCCCCCGGGACUGCUGAGGCAGCUGUCCUCGCUGCCAGAGAAAGCCAUCCAUGACACCGGCUUCGGCGAGUUUGUCCCCCUGAGCGACAAGGCAGGCGUGCCGGUGCUGGUGCGGCUGCACGAGCGGCCCUGGGGCGCGCUGGCCCGCCUGCCCGCCUCCAAGCUUACUGAGGCCGGCUACGCAGGCAACCAGCUGCCCUCGCAUGUGGCGGUGGUGCGGGACGCCUUUGGCGCCCACGACGACAGCCACCGGGCGCUGGCGCAGGAAGUGGCGGCGCUGGGCCCCGACAAGGUGGCUGUGGCCUCCGACCUCACCCACCCCCACAACCGCCUCAUCGUGGACGACUAUGAGCUGGCGGAGGAUGGGCAGUACAGGCUGCGCACAGUGGGCACAGACCUGCUCCGCUUCUUCAAGCAGCACGACAUGCACACAAUCCUGGUGCCAGAAGUGGCGGCGGCGGCCGCAGGCACCUCCACCUCUGCCAAGGCCGCCCACCGCGGCAUCAAGCAGUCCACAAACGAGGUGCUGAUGGUGGCCCCCACCGCCUUUGUGUUUAACGACCAGGCGGCGCAGGACAACACCUUCAUGAAUUCUGCGGUCAACUCCUUUGACCCGCCGGGGGUCGCGGCAGGCCAGCCGCCGCCGCUGUCUGUGACCAAGCGCGUGCUGCGGGAGUUUGCGGGACUUCACCAUGAGCUUACGGAGGUGGCGGGGGUGAAGGUCAACCUGUUCCAGCACAGCCUGUCUCAUGGCACCCCCGACGCCGUCUUCCCCAACAACUGGUUCUCCACACACCCGGCGGGCGAGGCGGCCGGCGGCGUGAAACACGACACGCUCGUCUUUUACCCAAUGAAGUGCCCCAACAGGCAGGCUGAGCGGCGGGAGGACAUCAAGGAGGUGCUGCAGCACUGGGGGUAUGGUCGCACGCUGGACAUGAGCCCCUUUGAGGCGGAGGGGCACUACUUUGAGGGCACGGGCGUGCUGGUGAUCGACCGCAUCAACGGCGUGGCAUACGUGGCCCUGAGCGAGCGGGCGGACCGCGGGCUGGCGGAGCGCUGGGUGGCGCAGCUGGGCUACAACGACCUGGUGACCUUCACCAGCUCGGAUGCGGGCGGCGGCACGGUGUACCACACCAACGUCAUGAUGGCCAUUGGAACGGACGUGGCGGUGGUGUGCCUGGAGUCGGUGGAGGAUGAGGGUGAGCGGCGCAACCUGCAGCAGAAGCUGGGCCAGACGCACACCAUCGUGGACAUCACCCGCCAGCAGAUGGCAGCGCUGUGCGGCAAUGUGCUGGAGCUGGAGGAUGGGCGCGGGCUGCCGGUGCUGGCCAUGAGCACGCAGGCUUACAACGCCUUCACGGAGGACCAGAAGCGCGUGCUGCGGCGGCACGUGGCGGCGCUGCACCACGCCCCCAUCGACACACUGGAGCACAUUGGUGGCGGCGGCGUGCGGUGCACGCUGGCGGAGAUCUUCUGA